UUACAUAAACACACAUUAAUCCGGAUAAGAUUGCUAUACUACCAUUAUUUGUCACCUAUCUAAAAAAUGUCGAUCUUCAUUUCAGUCCGUCUUUCAUGGCAGAGUUUUGUGCUUUUGCAUUGGGUGACUGUUGAUGACGUGAAAAGACAAAUUAAAAAUGCUAUUCAAAAUGGGGGACACACUCAUUAUAACAUGUUCAGUUAUGCUCACCGCACGACUAAUAAAUCCAUACUGUACAUACAUAGAAAGCGCGUAAACGUGAUUCGUGCAUCAUACGGCUUUUAUUUUGUCGUAGCCAUAUUUUGAUUGACGCCGUGUCAAAAACGUCACUACGCCGGAAGUGUUUGUUGGAAAGAUUAAAAUCCUCUUGAGUGACAGCAGCGGUUUGGUACAUUGUAUUUUUUUUUCUUUCUGUAGGGAUGGAGGUGACACGAACAAAUUUCAAAGACAGUUUAAGCACUGUGUACAGCGCAAUAGAGGAAGCAGACUUUCUCGCAAUCGAUGGGGAAUUUUCAGGUAUUAGCGAUGGGCCCAACGUCAGCGCACUGACUAACGGGUUGGACACGCCGGAGGAGCGCUACAUGAAGCUAAAAAAGCAUUCCAUGGACUUCUUGCUGUUUCAGUUUGGACUGUGUACGUUCACAUAUGACCAGGCAGAGUCCAAGUACGUCAUAAAGACUUUUAAUUUUUAUAUAUUCCCAAAGCCAUUCAACAGAACCUCACCAGACACCAAGUUCAUCUGCCAGAGUUCCAGCAUAGACUUCCUGGCCAGUCAGGGUUUUGACUUCAACAAAGUGUUCCGUCAUGGGAUCCCGUACCUGAACCAAGAAGAGGAAGUGCAGCUGCGGGAGCAGUAUGAGGAGAGGCGGAGUCAGAGUAACGGAUCAGGAAACCCCUCCUACAUCUCCCCCAACUCAAACAAAGGCCCCGGCAGCAUCCCCGAGGAGCACAGGGAGUACAUCGGACGAGUGGUAACGAAGGUGGAGUCUCUGUUCACUACCUCAGAGAAGACUGUGGACCUGGAGCCAUGCACUGGGUUUCAGAGGAAACUGAUCUACCAGACACUCAACUCCAAGUUCCCAAAGGGCCUUCAUGUUGAGACCUUGGAGACAGAGAAGAAAGAGCGUUACAUCCAGAUCAGCAAGGUGGACGACGAGGAGCGGAAGAGGAGAGAACGGCAGAAACAGGAGAGAGAACAGGAGGAGCUGAAUGACGCUGUGGGAUUCUCCAGGGUCAUACACGCCAUCUCCAAAUCUGGAAAGUUGGUGGUUGGCCACAACAUGCUGCUGGACGUCAUGCACACCAUCCAUCAGUUCUACUGCGUACUGCCAGAGGACCUGAAUGACUUUAAAGAAGUCACUCAGUGUGUCUUCCCCAGGCUGUUGGACACCAAGCUCAUGGCCACUACGCAACCUUUCAAGGAGUUGAUCAACAUCACAUCUCUAGCAGAGCUGCAGAAACAGCUGAAAGAGAGCCCCUUCAAAUCUCCGAAAGUUGUAACGGCGGAGGGGUUCCCCAGCUACGAUACAGCCCAGGAACAGCUCCACGAGGCGGGCUACGAUGCCUAUAUCACUGGCCUCUGCUUCAUCUCCAUGGCCAACUACCUAGGUACUUUCCUGACUCCCCCCAGAGCCCACAUCCCAUCCCAAUCUAAACUCAUCCAGCCCUUCGUCAACAAACUGUUCCUGAUGAGGAUCAUAGAUAUUCCCUACCUCAACAUCAGCGGACCAGACCUCCAGCCCAAGAGGGAUCAUGUUCUGUACGUCACCUUCCCUAAGGAGUGGAAGACCAGUGACCUCUACCAGCUGUUCAGUGCCUUCGGUAACAUCCAGGUGUCGUGGAUUGAUGACACGUCAGCGUUUGUGUGUCUGAGUCAGACAGACCAGGUACAGAUCGCGAUUAACACCAGUCGCUAUGCGGAGAGCUACCGUAUCCAGACGUAUGCAGAGUACGUCCAGGGCAGACGGCAGGUCAGGGAGAGCCAGGGCCACUCUACCCAGUCCUGGGAUGAGGACGGCUGGGUUAAACCCCACUACACCUCCCCCUCUACCGUUGGUGCUGGUCCUACUGGCUACAGCUACGGUCACAACAGGCCGUCAUUGGGGAAGCGCUGCGUCAGUCCUAUCCAGGAGGAGCAGCCUACAGACGGAGAGGCUCAGAGACACGCUGACGGAUGGAGUGGCUACACACACUCUCACACACACUCUGACACGGGCAGCAAGAAGAUCAGGACCGACGGGGUUUGUGUACGGACGUAUGCAGGAGUAGUGGACAGUAGGACGUCAGAAGGCUGGCUGAAAACUCAGUCUGGGUCUGAUUCGUCGAGCAUGAGCCCGAUCCAGGAAGAGGUGGGGUCGGAGGCGGUAGACGAUGCUAGUGAUCCGGCGGCGGGCGAAUGGCAACAGCAGCCUUCUACCAAUCAGAGCAAGAAGAGCCGCAAGAACAACAAGAAGAGGAAGACCGAUGGUGCAGAGACGACUUCUUCUCUGUUCGACGUUCCUGAGGUCUGGUAGCGAUGGAACCGAGCCCCUGGCUCCUUACCACCUUGGUUCCUGCUCCCUACCCCUGGCCACUUGACUCCUACCCCCUAGGACCGGGUUUGGAACUAGGCCUGAAGUUUCAACCAGCUGCACUAAUCUGACUGGCUGAGAGAAACGUCUUAAAGCCAUAAUUCAUGACAGGAGUCCUCAGCAUGUGGCAUAGCAGGAUAUUCCUUUAGGAAAGAAAAAACAGUCCUAAAUGGCUCCCUAUUCUCUAUAUAGUGCACUACUUUUAACCACGGUCAAUAGCGCUCUGGUUUAAAGUAGUGCACUAUGGAUUGAAUUAGGGUGCCAUUUGGGACAUAAUCAAUAUUUUUUUCCCCACUUGUCUUUUUAUUUUGCUCGCACUGUUUUUCAAUUCUGAUGUAUUGAUUGAUAAAUCCCCUGUAUCGUGAUGGAUUAGGUAGUUACCACUCUGCAUGUUGUGGUGCUACGGACACCUGUUCAAUACAGAGAGAGAACUCACACCCAGGCGUAGUUCUAAUCACCCAACACAUCAGGGUCUGAAAUGGCAGCCUGAUCUCUGGUCCACUACUCUUAACCAGGGUCUAUAGCGCUCUGGUCAAAACUAGUGCUCUAUAUAGGGGAUGGGGGGCCAUUUGGUACACCGCCAGGGUCUGUGUUCCAUGAGGAUCGACGUUACAGAAUAUUCAUCUAGAAAUAGACUAUCUAGAUUUGAUGCGCUUCUUUGUUCUAUAGAAGAGGGAAUCGCGUCGUUCAUCUGGUGUGUAUUUUCUACGUUGUAUCGUCCUGAACACCAGGCCAGGCUAGUUGUUCCACGACCACCUAGUUACUGUCACCGAGUCUGAAAUCUUUCCCCCUCACCGUGUCUGUUACCGGUGUCAAACCGGUUUAGUUUUAACCGUAAAAAUGUUGUCUCCGUGUCCCGUUCAUAGUGAACCAUUAAGUGUCUCUUAAACCCCGCCCCCCAAAAUGCCACUUGACUGAUUCUAGUGUAAUACUGUCCCGGUGCUGUAAUAAUAUUUUAAAUGGAGUUUAAAAUAACUUUUUUUUUUUUUUUAUAUAUAUAUGUAUAAAGUUAAAGCCCCUCCCCUCUAAUUUUAUAGCUCCUGCUAGAACCUUCUCCAAGGGUGUGUAUCCUAAAUGGUUCCCUGUAUAGUGCAGUGUACUAGAAAGGGAAUAGGGAGCCAUUUUGUGAAUACAACAAGAGACGUGGUUGGUCUUUUCCCUACAACAGUCUUGUGGCAUUAUUACUUUUGUAUGGAAGACAUUUUUGUGGCCGUUUUAAAUGUCUAUUUUUUGCUGUCUUUACUUUCCCCUCGUUGUAACUCCUCCCCCCUUGCAACUGUGUCAAAUAUUGUAUCAAUGCAAUGUGUCGACGUUACGAAUACGUAUGUGCUGUUUUUGUAUGAAAAAUGUUAAAACCAAUAUUUCCUUAUGAACAGGAACAAUUAAAGAACGUUUCU